AUGAAUGCGCGAUCGCAAGUUUUCGAGUUAUCUGUCGAAGGACGACAGAUUGAAGAGGCAAUUUUGAGUAUUUUUCACUCAAUUUUACUUCACAGGACGUCUGGAAAGUUUAACUACAAAAGAGAAGGGUCUUAUAGCAUAGGAACCGUUGGGAUGGUUGAUGUUGACUGCGAUUUUGUGAACUGCACCUAUGUUCGGGUAGAUUCGGAUGAGUUACAUCGUUCCUUGAAAAGGCAAGUUGCGGAGUUUAGGGAAUCUUUGAAAAGUUCCCACGGCCUAAGGAGUGGACAAAUCUCUCUAGAGUUUUAUCAAAGAAAGAAAGCUCGGUGGCCUUUCGGAAUGGAGAAUAUUCCGUGGGAAAUUUGGACGGUAAAAUUAAAUGUCGUCAGCCUAGCUAACGAGCACGAACGGCAGAUCUGCCGAGAAAAAGUCGGCGAGGCUCUCGCAGAAAAAAUAAUUUGUAUUGCUGGAGUGAUGAACAGACCAGAGUAUGUUCCCAAGAUGCCGAAUCAGUCAGAUGUUGCUAAUGUUUUUGAUGUAAGCUUCCCAGACGUUCAACCUUACCUUCAUAAGUUUAGUUACCAAGCUUCCGACCAGCCAUCUCAGUCUGUGGGGACCACAAUGAAAAGACUUAUACUAGAUACAUUCUCCUACUGA